AUGAACGGAUAUUCGAAAACUAAACUGUUAGACACAGGCGGAAAGAGGGUUAUUUUAGCCAUUGGCGAUGGAAUGAGUCUAACAACUGUGACUACAGCUCGAAUCUUGCAAGGACAACAAAAAGGUAAAACUGGCGAGGAGGAGCAACUAAGCUGGGAAAAAUUUCCAUUUACUGGAUUAUCCAAGACGUACAACGUUGACUACCAAGUUCCAGAUUCUGCAGGCACAGCGACAGCAUUCUUAUGUGGCGUUAAAACUGAUGCUGGUAUAAUCGGUUUAGAUGAAAAUUCAGUGCGUGGUGAUUGUGCCGCUUCAAAAGGUACUGAAGUAGGAUCAAUUUUAAAAUUGGCAAAACAAGCUGGGUUAUCCGUCGGAAUUGUAGUUACAGCUCGGAUUACUCAUGCUACGCCAUCAUCGUCCUAUGCUCAUUGCCCAGAACGUAAUUGGGAAGGAUCCGUGCCAUCUCUCGCAGAACAACAAGGUUGCAUUGAUAUUGCACAACAAUUCAUUAACUUUCAAAAAGAACAUGGCGGUAUCAGUGUUGCCUUAGGCGGAGGUAGAAGAAAUUUUAUUCCUAACACUCAAAAUGAUGUUGAAUAUCCUAACACCAAAGGCAGACGUGUCGAUGGCAAAGAUUUAAUCCAAGAAUGGAAAAAUCUGCAAUUACAAAAUUCAGCUUACGUAUGGAAUUUAUCUGAUUUUAAUGCAAUCGAUCCUAAAAAAACGGACCAUCUCUUUGGACUUUUUGAACCCAGUCAUAUGCAGUAUGAAUCGGCUAGGAAUAAAGGCCCUAGUGGUGAACCUUCAAUAUCAGAAAUGACAAGGAAAGCUAUCCAAAUAUUAGAAAGAAAUCCCAAGGGUUACUUUCUAUUAAUUGAAAGUGGUCGAAUUGAUCAUGGACACCAUGAAGGCAGCGCUUAUAAAGCUCUUACUGAAGCAGUAGCUCUGGCUCAAGCCGUUGAAACAGCAGAUAAAUUGACAAACGAAAAUGAAACAUUAAUUAUAGUUACAUCUGAUCAUGGACAUACUAUGUCUAUGAGCGGAUAUCCUAAACGUGGUAAUCCUAUUUUUGGCUUAACUGGAGCACUGGGUAACUAUGGUAAACCAUCCUUAACUCUCAAUUAUGCCAACGGUCCAGGCGCAUGGAAAGAUGGCGAUCCACGACCUAACUUAACAGGCGUCGAUACCGCUCAUCCUAAAUUUUUACAACAAGCAAUCACUAAACUAAAUUCUGAAACACACGAUGGAACUGAUGUAGCUAUCUACGCUAGAGGUCCAUUUUCUCAUCUUUACGUUGGCGUUGUCGAACAAAACUAUAUCUUUCAUCCUAUGGCUAAAGCAUUAUGCUUAGAUCCAUCCAAAGCUGGACAACAAACAUGUUCUAAUUCAGCUCAUGGGGUAAAUGUCAGCAUCUUGGCUUUAUUGACUACAUUAAUGGCGAUCGUAUUACAGUUUAUUUGA